GCGGCACAAAGAAUAAAAGCGAAGAGCAAAGAUCCUCUUCUUCACCCAACAUCAAUCCGAAACUUACGGAUGGAGUGAAGCCUGUUCUUGUAUUUUAAAGUUUUGUAAUUUAAUUAUUAGAAUUGAAAUCCAAUCAGUUUGCUAUCCCGAAGAUUUAUUUAUGAAAAAUAGCUGCUAAUUUUUUUUAAAAUGCUUCAUGUAUUCUUUAAAUCUUUUAAGUUUUUAAUAUUACUUUCCUCAUGCAUACCAUUGAUUCAUGGUUUACGUAAAAGACAAAGUGAAGAAGAAAUUAUUACUACAACUGAGAGUAUUUUGACUGCAAUUAAAAAUGUGGCGGAAAAGGUUCAAAAUGAGGAAAUAAAACAAUUUGCUGAAGAAACAGCUAAAGCAGUUAAAAAUGAAGAGGCAGAGAAAGGAAAAUCUAUUAAUGAAGAUGCAGUUGAAAAGGUAGUAGAAGAUGAACUCAAAGAAAAAGUAAAAGAAUCUCAAGAACAAUUCAAAGAAAAUGGAGAAGAAUUUGUUGAAGAUUUAGAAAAGUUUAAAGCUACAAGAGAUAAGGAACAACUUCAAAAAGAUUUAGAAAAGUUUAGAUCUGUAGAAAUCCCAAAAGAGGACAAUUCAACUACAUCAACAAUGAUUCCUGAGGAAAAUGAAGAAGAGGCCAUUCCUGAAGAAAAAAUUAAAAAUGGCAAAACCAGUGAUUCUAGUCCAGAAGGGGCUUAUGCAGUCUGGAAUACUAAGGGAAAGAUAUGCCUUUUGGCCAGGUUUGAAGCUGAUUUCGUAAUUACUUACCCCAGUAAAGGAGGAGAGGAGAAAGCAGAUGUUAAGGUGAAUAAGACAGGAAUAGCUAAAGGGACAUGUGAACAUACAUCAAAGACACCAUUGUUGCAAAUUUCAUGGAAAAAAUAUCUCUUUACAAUUAUGUUUAAUAAGACUGGUGAGGACACUUGGAUUGUAACUUCCAUGGAAUUAACGUAUGAUACAUCAGAUCAUUUGUUUGAUAGAGCUACCAAUGCUGGUAAAAAGACUGCUAGGAGCCAACCUCUCAGUUUGUUCGAAACUCCUCUAUCAAAAUCAUUCUAUUGCCCUGGUGAAGAGGUGGUGAAAAUGUAUGUCCAUGAAAAGCAUGUAGUUACCGCUAGGUUGAAGGAUAUUUAUCUUCAACCAUAUGGAGUUGAAGAUGGACAGUUCUCUCCUGCUCAAAGAUGCAAUAAAGUUGUUAUUGAUGAAACACCUUACGUGCAAGAUGAAACAGUACCCCUUGCAGUAGGUUGCACACUUGCUCUGAUUACUUUACUAGUCCUCCUGGGUUUCUCAUUUCAUCGAGCUUACAACGCUGCAAAAGUGGAUUAUAACACAAUGGAAUAAAGAAACUCAUCCUUUAUCCCUAAAAUCUCCUAGGAGAUUAACUGUUGUGUAUAUCUAUCCAGCAGUAUUGCAAAUGUAUGCAAGUAUGCAGCGAUGUUAAGCAUCUUAUUAGUAAACUUUUUAGGUUCAGAAUUUGAGGACUACACGAUUUUACGUGAUUUGAUAAUUUUGAUUUCAAGAUUAUGUGAAUAUUAUAGGUUUACCAAAACAAGAAGGGAUUAAUUAAAGCCUGCGUGAUUGGAAUCAAGAUACUUAGCUUUUGUUAUUUGCAGCAUUUAAAUUUCAUAUGUAAGCAGGCGAGAUAAAAAGUUUUUGAGAAAGCCUCUCAAAAGGAAAAGUAUACUUAAUUCUUUCGUAGAGUAGAUUUUUCCAGAUGUUAACAGGUCUAAUUGUUAUUAUUGUAUUGCACAUUCUUAUCAUAAUGAUUGUUUUGUUAAAUUUUAUUGGACUAAAUUAUAUAUAUAUAUAGUCUAAUUGCUCUAAAGAUUAAAUAUCCUGGUUACAUGUAAUCUAAAAUUCUGGUAUCUCAUUAAAUUUUCAUAACCACUGUGGAUUCUUUUGUAGAUUCGAGGAAACAUUUUUUCAUAUCUGUUAACUAUGUAGGAUUUUACAAAUGAGUGUUAGUCAUAAGACAAGUUAUUAACUGAUACAUAAAAAUUAAAAACUUUUGUGAUACUUGUUCUAAUAAGUUAGAAGUCUUCUUGACAUAAAAAAUAUUGAUGUAUCUGUGUUAAUUGUAAAAAAAUUUCAUGUCUGAUUCGUGUUAAAAUUUAAAUUUUGUUCAAUUUUUUUUUAAAAUUCAACUAUAUCUAAUUUUUUCCUUUACAUUAUGUUAAGAAACUAAAUAAAAACUUGUUUUUUUAUGAUAGUUAUAUUAUUUAUGCUUACAUUUAUUUAUUUUAAAAAUAAUUUCCUUCAGUUGUAAAAGUUGUUAAUUUUUUAGAUGUAUACAUAUCCAUUGAAAUUUUUUUUUAUUAAACAUACAUUUUGUUCUUGCGAGUUACGCAUAGUUACAUAAGAAGUGAAAGAGAGACUGGAGUUAGCUAUAACAUAUUUAUAGAUGUUAUGAACUAUUCAUAAUAUAUGUGUACUUAUCAAGACAAUUGUCAUCGAAACUUAAAGUAGUUGCAAAUCUGCCUUGUUUAUGCCUUUGGAAAACACUAUGCAAUAUGAUGCAUGUUUUGAAAAUUCUUUCUAUGCAUUGAAAUAGCUUUAACAUAGUUGUGUGUCAUAUUUUUCUUUGUAUUAGAAUUAGCACUGAAAAAUUGGAUUAUGAUGUAUUUUUAAUAAAAAUACUUUUAUUGCAUA